AAAGGGCUGUCGGAAAAAGAAAAAAAAAACAGACGCAACUCGGACAGGGUCAACAUCGAAAUCAACAACACGCAAAAAAAAACCCCAAUCAACAACAAAGCAAGUUGUUGUAAUUUCAGCCAAAAGGUUCACAGCAAAGUUGCUGUGUAUGUUGCUGCUGCAACCAUGACUUGGGAACAUCUAGAACGAGGAAGCUCGCCAGUGGAUUGGUGCGAGGGCAACUAUCUCGUAUCGCCCGAUAUUGCGGAGUUUGUGAAUACGAUCAGCAACAUUCUCUUCCUGCUCGGGCCACCGUUCCUCAUCUACCUGUUCAAAGACUACGGCCGCUUCAUACAGCCGGCCAUCCAUCUGAUCUGGGUGCUGCUGAUCGUGGUGGGCCUUUCGUCGGCCUACUUCCACGCCACCCUAAGCCUGCUCGGCCAGCUGCUUGAUGAGCUGACCAUACUGUGGGUGUUUAUGGCCACGCUGAGCCUGUUCUGUCCGCGGCGCCACUUCCCGCGAAUCUUUAAACGUUCCAGGAAACGUUUCUGUCUGUCCAUGACGAUAUUUUCCAUCGUGGCAACGGGGCUUUCGUUUUGCCAUCCCGCCAUCAAUGCGUUUGCGCUCAUGUUUCUAGCCAUCCCAGCCACCUACCUGCUGUACAAAGAGCUUAAAAUCGUGCAGGAUGAGCGCGUGUAUCGGCUGGGCGUCCGCAAUACCACCAUCCUGAUCAUGGCCAUCGUUUGCUGGAUUAACGAUCGCAUGUUCUGUGACACCUGGUCGCGGCUGAACUUCCCGUACCUGCACGGCUUCUGGCACAUUCUCAUCUUCAUCUCCGCCUAUCCGGCCUGCGUACUGUUUGCCUACUUCUUCGUCAACGACGAGCGGCCGGAAAGCCGGCCCACGCUCAAGUACUGGCCGCGGAACGAUUGCGAGCUCGGCAUACCGUACGUGUCGAUCAAUUACGACAAAAAGUUUGAUGAUGCCAUCUAAAACUGGCCGGUGCACGUAGGGAGGGAGGCAGGGAGGGUGAUACCGUAGGCGCAAUACAUCUACUUCAAAAUCUUCUUUACAUAUGCCAAAAACUGAAAGCAAAUGACAAAAAAAACACUUCAUUGUACUUGCACCGUAGCGGAACAUUCACCGAUUGGUUUCGCACACGGAACACGCAAAGAGAGGAAGUGUGCAGUAAACGUACCAAAAAAGAAGCAUACAAAAAUGUAAGCAAAACGCUUUGCACGGUAGAUUAGCAUGGGGCAAUGGCGCUGGUUAGGAAUUGAGGAAUUAGUCUUGCUUGCGUGAGAGGGUUCGUUCCAGUUUCCGUUCCAGUUUUGUUGUCGUAGUGUUGAUUAGCCUUUAAACCUAGAAACCGCUGUACCGCUAGGGUGUAUGCGUGUUUAAGCAACCGAGGAGUGAUACUAGAAAUAUGAUUUUUAAAAAGGCACGUUGCUGCUACAAAGAGGGCGACCCCGCCAGUGUGAUAGAAGGCAAAAUAUAUAUAAAGAAUCGAAUUUUUAAUUGCAA